AUGUCUUCAUGCGAGUGCUCUACUGGCUGCGGUGGGUGCAAGGUGUCAUGCAAAUGCGAAGACACGUGCCCGAACUGCCACGAUGAUCAACCCGCCAGGGUGACGGCGAAGAGACGUUCAUCAGAUAAAGCUGCUCUUCCUGCUGACAGGCGACGUUCCACGACCACAAAAACAGACGAGUUCACGGGAACUUAUAACAGACGGAACAGCACACUGACAGGCACGUAUAAGAAUACUGAAGCAGAAACUGAAUCUAUUCCCGAUGAUGGUCAGCGCAAGCACAAGCACAAGCACAGGAGGAGUAGAAAUAGCGGCGACGGCGAACACAAGCGACUGGAAGGUGCUACAUGCAAGUCUACAUUAAAGGAUAAUCGCUUCGAAUAUGGAGUGGGAAAGACUUUCUAA